AUGGUUUUGAGAGUUGGCCUGUCUCGUUUCCUGGUUCUCCCCAGGAAACUUCAUUUCUCCGCACCAAGAAAAUGCUCCGCCCUUUUUGUGUCGGCCCUCCGAGCUAAAGAAACUACUGCCAUCCUGCUUCCCAGCUUAAACUUUGAGGAAAAAUUGAAAAACAUUGAAGAAUUAAAAAGCAUGCUUGCAAUUCGAGGCAGGACAGACAUUGACGUCGAGAAACUCAAAGAGUCGUGGGAAUUUUUGGAAAAUGUAAAAGCCACUAAAUUGAAUCUAGAACAGAAGAGACAAGCAAAAUCUAAAGAGCUGCACGAACUUUUAAAAGACCAAACUAAGAAUGAGAAAGAAAUAAAACCUUUGACAGCCAUGGUCAAGAUGUUGAAAGAGAAUUUUAAAAGCAUGUCAAAGGAAAUUGCAGCUCUGGAGGAGAACGUCGUCCUCAAAUAUUUACACCUGCCUAACAAAAUUCAUCCCAAAACGCCGCUGGAUAAAAGCAAAAUAGCUUUCAAUUGCGAAUCUUGGCCUCUUAAUAAGCUCCACCCAGCCCUGGAAAACUUUCAAGAUGCAGGCAAAGGAGAUGUGACUGAAGCCCGGACGCAUCUGGAACUUUUUCUCACCAGUUUGUGUUACAAGAAUUUCGAAAAAGACUACGUGAAAACUUCAAAUUGCGACUUUGUGAAAAGUGUGGUAGCUGAGGGCUGUUGUCUGAAGCACCGUGAUCCAAAGUCCCUUUUGAUUCUGCAGUCGGAAGAAAACAAUUCCCCAGACUCAAAUCUGCACCUUGUCGGUGGCGCUUCUCGAGCUGCUUUCUGCGCCCUGUUCACCAAAUCGCAAAUUUCCGUCAAAGAUCUGCCUUUGAAGAUGAUCACCGUCGGCCGCCAAUAUUUCCCUGAACCUGAAACCGCCUCUCCUAACCAAACAACAGCGGCCGAAUUGUUCGCAUUAGUUGAAAACAGCCGAGAGAAGGAGUAUGACGUCUACCUGGACAUUUUGGAGGAUGUCAAGAAAUUGUACAACUCUCUCUUAGUGGGGUACCGAUUCGUUAGCUUGAGUGGAAGUGAACUGAAGAGCUGGGAGUCGCUGUCCACAGCAAUAGAAAUUUAUUCCGAGCGCAGGAAGGAGUUUGUCCGAGUUGGGUUUGUGUCUUUGUGUGGAUCUUUCAUCAGCGAAAGACUGCUGAUGAAGUACAAGCAAGACAAGACAAGUGACUUCCCGAACAUCAUCACCGGCACUGUGAUGGAUUUUGAAAAAGUGGAAUCUUGUUUUCUGUAGCAGCCGUAUUAAAUAAUUAGCUCAAGAUUAAA